AAUAGCUACACUUUGCAUAACCUCAAAAUUUUUCGAAAUCAUUGAAAAAUAGUAUUUUUCAUUUCAAGGGAAUAAAUUAAUAAAUAGUCUGAAUCAAAAGGACAAUGAUUUUAUCACGAACAUUUCGUUUUACACUAGGCUUACUUCGACCAGAAAGUGUUGAAACAACUUUGAGUGCUGGUAUUAAGUAUUUUGCACCACCAAAAAAUUAUGACCACAUUGAGAUACCUGAACGUCAAAGGCUCAAGGUAUACGAGAAAGUCCCAGUGUACCCACCUAACUUGAAACCACCCAAAAUGCAAAAGAGACUGCGAUACAUGAGAGGACCUGAACCUUUACACACCACUUUACAGUUGAAGCAAUAUGGUGUUAUUGCAACUGGUGGAGGUAGGAUGAGCAUAGAGCAUUUUGAAAUGGCUCGUCUGGUUGUGGCUCGCAAACUCGACCAAAAGAGAAUGUUCGCCAUCUGGCGGAUCGACCCUCCAUGGCAGCCGGUGACUAAGAAGGGGCAGGGACAGCGUAUGGGUGGAGGAAAAGGUGCCAUCGACCACUACGUCACUCCUGUCAAAGCUGGCAGAGUGAUAUUGGAAGUUGGUGGCAAAUGCGAAUAUGCUGAGGUCCACAAUAUGCUGAAGAUUGUAGCAGAAAGAUUACCAUUCAAAGCAGAGGCUGUAUCUAUGGAGAUUUUAGAAAAGAAGGCUGCCAAAGAAAAAUGGCAAGAGGAAAAUAAUCAGAACCAGUACACAAUGAAGUACAUCAUCCAAAACAACAUGGGCGGCUGCCACAAGAUGUUGUCGCCGGUCGACCACAAGUGGUAUGGAAAGUACUUGUAAUUAUGUUAUUUAUUUUAAUUGUUGUAGAAAUAUAUUGUAUAGUUAAGUAAA